GACAGCAAUGGAGUACGGUCUAUAAAACUGCGGUGACUCACUCUCAUUUCCUCCUGGAUCUCCCGACCUCGAUCACUUUUCCUUCCGACAAAGCCAUAUCAUGAGCGCCACACUGCAGGACAAGAUCUCUGUAUCAUUGCCCCCACCCGUCGUCCAGAGUAAGCGUUCGUAUUCAUGGGAAACCAAAUACGACCUAGAGAACGAUGCGACGGUCAUGGCGAGGUUGAAAAAAUAUUUACUUGUGGAAGUCGAUGAAGAGCGGUCUACAGUACCCAUGGCUGCAUAUUGCUUCAUCACUGGUGUCAUUAAUGCUCUCAUAUUCUCAGCUAUUUUUAUCUGGUGUGGCUCUCAGACAGGGAAUAGCGUGCAACUUGCCCUUGCCCUUGCCCGUCUGCUCAGCUGGGAGCACGACUAUACCUUCCACCUCCUAGACCAACAAGCACUUUGCUCGUUAAUUUCAUUCGCUUUUGCCGUCUUCCUUGGCGGCCGCAUAGGUGACAAGAUAGGCUGCAAAACAAGGGCAUGGCUCUUCUUGGGUACAUUCGUUCAAGCCCUUUUCACGGUAGCGUCUGCGAUAUUGAUGUGGGAGGGCAGAGAGAGCAGUGUUGCUGAUGCUCGCGACGACCCUGCAUGGACUGACACGUUGUCCUUCCUGUUCACCGGAUUCCUGAGUGCAAGCAUGGGAUUGCAGGGCAUAAUGGCGAAGCGGGUCAACACACACUUCGCUACUACAGUUGCGCUCACAACGACAUGGUGUGAGCUCAUGGCUGACCCAAAGCUCCUUGACAUCCGUCGGUUGAUCGCUUCACGAGAUCACAAGAUCCUGACUAUCGCCUGUUUCAUCCUUGGAGGCUUCGUUGGCCGUGCAUCACUCGACAAGAUCGGUUCUGCCAGCACGCUUGGAGUCACCGCGGGUAUUCGUUUAAUGAUUAGCGUAUGGUGGCUCUUCACCCCGGCCAAGAACCUCGGGAUGUAAAUACGUUCAUUUGGUCUCUGUUCACGUGUAUGUACGUCAUUUUUGUGGACAUGCUGAUGAGGAGAGGGGCGACGAGAAAGGAUGACACGCCUUUGUACUAUAUA